GAAUUAAGUCAGCAAAUUAAAAAAAUAAAAGAAACAAGAAAAAAUCAAACAAUUUUGUGUACAAACGAACAAACAUUUAACGUUUUUUUUUGGAUUUUUGACAAUUGAUAUUUUGACCGAUGACAGUUUGAAGUUUUUUUUAGGUUUGGUGAUUGUGAAUUUCGUGAGUAAUGUCCGGAAAAAAGUAAAAAGUUAGUUACAUUGCACAAAAUUAUUGAAAAAAUUGAGUUACACCCUCAUCGAAUUGAUACUGAUUACAAAUUAGGCAUUCCUUUAAUUGCUUUCCGCUUUUUUUGUUGAUAAACAUGGUGAAUACACGCCGAAAGGAGUCGAAUGGCUCAUUGGAAGGCUCUGUAAACAUUAAAAGGGGGCGUCCUACAUUAAUUAAACAAGAAACGGAAGAUAACAGUAGUUCGACUAGUGCUAAUGAAAGUGACAGUCAAUAUUCCGGUGAAAAAAGGUUCAUUCAACCAUCUUCCCGACAAUUGAGAAGUAAAUUUAGUAGUUACGGAGCCGCAAAAUACAGUUUUCGUCCGUUGAGAAGCAGCCACAAAAGGAUUUCAGUCGAUCAAAGAGAGCUGACGCUCUAUUCACAGAAGAUGUCUGAAGAUUCGGAUUUCGAACAAGGCAACGACUAUGAGGGAGACAUCUACUCAAACAGAAGCGACCGCUCGAGGCACUUAUUGCACAAGCGCAGAAUAAGAAGAAGGACGGCCCUAUCGCUUAGACCAGUCAGCCAAAGUUACGUAGACACUCAUGCGAUACCUUUCGGUUCGGAGAGCGAAACCACAUCUAAAAGGAGAAGGGGCAAGCAGAACGCCAACAUGUCCUGGUUGGGCGACAGUCAAAUGCACAAAGUCGGUUACCCGAAUUUGCAUACAGGCUAUUCCGAAGAGGACAGCAGAGAUGCCGUCGAUGCUGAUCACAGUAACAUGGACAUUACUCGACGCGUCACGAGACGAAAUAAUUUAAGAUUGAGACACGAAGUGGAAACGCCGAAGUAUCUCUUCGAUUACGACGUGAAUACGGCGACGAGGCGUUCGAGGAGGCACGAUAAAAAGGACGUGGAAAACGAUUUGGAAUCGACCAGGAGAACCUUGAACGAUAAGGAAAAUAAAGAGGAGGAGGAUUUACUGGGCACCCGAUUAAACGGAAGGCAUAAAAAAAAUCCGGUUAUCGAAGAUAACAGUAACGAAGAAGAAAAAAAUGCCGAUGAAGUUGCCGAUGAGAAACAAGACAAAGAGGUCGAGGAAAACGACGAAGUUAAUGGAAAAUGUGAUAAAGAGGAAGAUCAGGAAGAUGCGAAAAAGGAGGAAUCGUCAGACAGCGAUGAUGAGGAGCAACAAAGAAAACUGCCCGUCACAAAACUUCGAACUACCAAAAAUAGUUCGGGUAUCAAUAAUGAUUUAUUGCUCAAUUCAGUUCGAUCGUUAAGAAAGAGAAGAGUAAUCAAAAGACGAAUAGGUAGCAGUUCCGAGUCGGAGGAGGAAGAAAGUAGAACGUAUUCACUGAGGAACCGAGGACCGAAACCGGCACCUAAAACGAUACAAGAAUUUGUAUUGCGGAAACGAGCAAUUCGAGGAAAGGGAUUUAAUAGAAGGAGAAAUUCGUCUUCCAGCUCCAGCGAUUCUUCAUCGACAUCGUCAAAUGUACACCGAAGCAAGCCGCCGAAAUCUUCGCAUUAUUCUAAAAAUUCCAAAAAUGAUAUGAUGAAAACCGCCGCCGGCGGUAGUACGAAGAUAGUGCCGAUACAACCUGAAACGUUGGACAGGAGCAUCCGUUUUGGCAGCAUAGGUGGCCUGGAUGGUCACAUUCAAUGCUUGAAGGAGAUGAUACUAUUGCCGAUGAUGUAUCCGGAGGUAUUCAAACAAUUCCACAUCCAACCGCCCAGGGGAGUGCUGUUCCACGGUCCUCCGGGUACCGGGAAAACGUUAAUAGCAAGGGCGCUUGCUAACGAAUGCAGUUUCGGAACGAAGAAAGUGUCGUUCUUCCUGCGCAAAGGCGCCGAUCUUUUGAGCAAAUGGAUUGGAGAAUCGGAGAGACAGUUGAGAGUUUUGUUCGAGCAAGCGGCGAAAAUGAAACCUUCCAUCAUCUUCUUCGACGAGUUGGAUGGUCUAGCGCCCGUUCGAUCGUCCCGACAGGAUUUAGUCCACGUUUGCAUUGUUUCCACGCUGUUAGCCCUGAUGGACGGGUUGUCUGAUAGAGGCGAAGUCAUCGUCAUUGGCGCGACCAAUCGUAUAGACUCGAUCGAUCCGGCUCUACGAAGACCCGGCAGAUUCGAUAGGGAAUUGUUCUUUCCGUUACCAUCCAAACAAGAACGAGAGGAGAUUCUUAACGUGCAUACGUCUCGAUGGGCGAGUCCACCGAGUAAACAACUGUUGGAGUAUCUCGCGGAACAUACAGUAGGAUAUUGCGGCUCGGAUUUGAAAGGAUUGUGUUCGGAAGCCGUAAUACAAAGUUUCAGGAGAACUUAUCCGCAAGUGUACAACUCGGAGCACAAGUUGUUGUUGCAACCGGAAAACGUCAAGGUGGAAAAAGUGGAUUUCAUGCGCGCUAAAUCGUUGAUGGUGGCUGCUGCGCACAGGAUUACUCAGGGAUUAGGUAGAAAAUUGUUUCCGCUUCUGGAGCCUCUCUUGCAGGAGUCGUUGAACAAAUCCUUGAAAUUACUCGAAAAAACUUUUCCGCAUGGAUUGAGCUCAACAUUAGCAAAAGUGAAACUGUCCCCUAACAUAAGACCUGCGCAAUUCCUUAUAACAGGCGAUGGCCCUGGACACGGGCAAACGUCCCACGUAGCUCCUGCCAUACUUAAUAAGAUGGAACACAUCCAUGCCUACAUGUUGAAUUUAGUGAUGCUUUAUCAAGAUACGAACAGAUCGACUGAAGAAGCUUGCAUUCAGGUUUUCAACGAGGCCAGGAAAAACGUACCAAGUAUCGUUUACGUACCGAGCAUCGACAAGUGGUGGUCGCUGGUGUCCGAAACAGUCCGGGCCAUCUUCAAAUCGCAAUUGACUCUACUAGAACCUAACAUUCCCAUUUUGUUUUUGGCCACGUCCGAAAGUCUUUACGUGGAUUUAACCAGCGAGAUACAACAGUUGUUUUCUUACUAUCGAAACGAAGUGUUGGAAUUGAAACCUGCUACCUCCGAGUUACGGAAGGACUUCUUCCGGCCUCUCAUCAUCGAGAACAGCUUGAAGCCGGUGCGGAGAGUUCGCGAACGGCCCCGAACGCCGCCCCCGCUACCCAGGGCGCCUACGCCUCCACCGACUCCUUUGAACGAAGAGGAGUCUCGCAAGCUGUUCGAACAGGAAGAGCACACCCUGCGGGAGCUUAGGAUCUUCCUGCGGGAUAUGUGUAAAAAAUUAGCUAAUAAUAAAUUAUUUUUUAUGUUUACCAAGCCUGUAGAUACCGAGGAGGUGCCGGAUUACCCCAAUAUUAUUAAACAGCCGAUGGAUUUGGAAACGAUGAUGACUAAGGUUGAUUUUCAUCGAUACGAGUGCGCUAGAGAUUUUCUCAACGACAUAGAAUUAAUAUGCCAAAACGCUUUGGAAUACAAUCCUGCCAAAACGUCCGCAGAUAAACAAAUAAGACACAGGGCUUGUUCGCUGCGCGAUUAUGCCUAUACGCUGAUAAAAACCGAAAUGGAUACAGAUUUCGAGGAUAAAUGCCAGGAAAUAUCGCACAAAAGGCGUCAGCGCAAACACUGCCCGUCCAAAUACCUGCCGCCUUACAUUAAUACGGAAAUGAAGAAUUCGAAUAUAAAUAAGGAAUGCCUAAUCGUGUCGAAAGAGAAUGAUACCCCGACGGUUCAAAGUGUUCAAAAUUCGAAUUCUAAAUGCGGAAAAACGGAGAAGAGAAAAAGAAAAAGGAUCUGGCAGAAAGGACAAAUCAGAAAGAAGAUAAAGAAACCCGAUAACUCGCAACAGAACGAUAGAGUUUCUUCUAACUCCGAAUCAAAAGACGAAGACUCAAUAAAAGCGAGCACUUCUCAAACUUCAAAAACGAAUUCAGUAAACGCGAUUAAGCAAGAAGAAGAAGAAGAAAAAGAUAAUUGUAUCGUCGAUGCCACUUCUCCACUUACUGUUAACUGUGAUUCACAAAUUAAUUCACAGGCUAACAUUGCGAGCCCUUUACAAUCUCCAAAAAGAAGACUGAGUGAUAUUUUUAGCCCCUCCGAUUUGCUGGAUAAUCCUUUAGAUUUUGAUGACGUUGAUGAGGCUUUAAAUGAAACUGCAACAGAUAAUGUUCCAACGGUUAAGACUAUAGAAUGUUCUGCUAUGGAAUUAGAGACUGUUCUAGACACUGCCGUUAUGAUAACCGAUGGGUUUUCGCUGGUUACUUUAUUGGAUUUGUAUAAUAACUUGAAUAGGAUAAUUAAGCAAUUCUCAAAAUCUCACGAAAGAACUAAUCUACCGAAAGAAUUGGCAAAGGAACUUUUAAGGUUUAAAAAAGAUAGAACCCCCGAUCAUAUUCAAAAGCAUAAAGUUAUUAGCCAAGUUUAUUGGUUUUUAGUUUCCAGCAAUAUUCUUUUAAUUACAAAUAUGUUGAUGGUUCAUGUAUUUCCAUUUAGGUUUUAUGUAUUUUUAUUUUCUUAAGUCGGUUAUUCAUUUAACUAAUUAACGUUUUAUUUAUUUUAUAUUUAAUGUAACGAAUUAUACAACAAAUUAUCACUACCAAAGACAUUUUCAAGAGACACUGCCGUAGAAGUUGUAUUGUUGUUUGUAUAUAUGUGCCUUUCUCUUCGCUCUAAAUGGUAUUGCGUAUAUGUACGAGUAUGUAUGUCUUUUAAAAAUUAAAUGAAUUUAAGAAUUUCUUAUUAAUAAAAUUAUGGUUUUUAUCCGUUAUUUAAUUACUGUAUUACAAAUUUAUGUACUUAAUAAGUUGAAUAUUAAAUUCUCCAAACAAUUUACCUGAUUUUUGAACCACUUGAAGUGCAACUUUGAAAUCGAAUUCGCAAUAAUUAAGGGAAAUAAAAGUUCUAUUAAAAAUGAAAAUAAAAAGAUAACUUAAAUUUAUUUUAAUCUAUAACAUUUAUUUUUAAUACUUUAUUCACUUAGCCAAAACUCGUCAAGAUAGGAUAAUUACAUUUAACCUACUUGUAAAAACGUUUGAUCAUUUGAAGGUAAAAAAAUUGGAAUGGAGUUGCUUGGUUAGGCAAAAGUAUAUUAGUUAUUAAUUGUUAAUUUAUAAAUGCCGACAGUUGCAAAAUGCACGAGGUUAAUGCCUCUAACCCGACAUGAUGGCUUUGACAAACUCUUCAUAAUUUACGUUACCAUGUGAAUCUUCAUGUCCUAAAAGUAGUUGUUCAACCUAAAACAAAAAAAAUAUUAAUUUUUCACCCAACGUUGUCAAAAGGUGUCGAAGCUCAGCAGAACUUAUGUAACCGUUUCCGUCUUUAUCGAAGUGUCGCAAACCUUCUAUAAAAUCUUCUGCCGUGUCUGCACUUCUGGUUUUAGAAAUUUGCUAAAUAUAAAUCAAAACCCAUUGAAUUUCCGUAUAAAGUGAAAAUGAUUACAUUGUUUAAAUAAAAAACUGGUUCGUAAAAUUUACUUAAGUAUUGUCAUUUUAAAAACAUUACUAAUGUUUUAUAAAUGACACUUGGGUAUUCCACACUGAUAAAGCAUGGAAAUUACACUGAUAAAGAAUUUAAACAGUAAUGAAUAUUUUGUAUAUUUUUAAAUGGUAUUUAAUUACGUUAAUAAAUAGAAACUGUACCUGAUAAAUGGGUAAAAACACCUCAAAAGAAACCCUUUCAUCUGACUUGUAUUGAUGCGUAAACUUUUUCACAUCGGACUCCGUUGGGUUCUGUCCCAAAGCUCUGAGGGCGUCUCCAAUUCGGGCGACUUGAAUUUUCCCAUCACCUCGAUUAUCAAACAGUUGAAAAGCCUCUUGGAAC